AUGCUAGACAAGUUGUCGAAUCGAGGACCAGAACCACGUGACUCCAAAGGAGAUGCUACUAGCUCUUUGUUCGCAGUUUGGUUCGAUCGAUUCCGUUGCACUUUCGUUGCAGUUCAGUGGGGCACUUCGUUUUUGUCUUCGGAAGAUUCGGUGAAGCUGAAUUCCAGCAAUGGCGCAAAAUAUGUACCGAAUUAUGUUUAUUUUGAACUAUCGAGUUCGGCACCUUUUCAAGUUAGACGAAUUGAAGAGUUAAACAAGACUUCAUCUGGGAAUGUUGAAGCGAAGGUGACAAGCUUUUAUCGUCGUAGAGACAUUCCUCGUGCCCUUUUGAAAAUUGCGGACAAAGCCGAAAGAUUCGGUUCAGGAAAUUCUGUGAACUCAAAACGACGGUUAGCGUUACCAUCCUCGAAUAUAGCCGAUAUUAAUGGAAACAUGGAUUUAAUUUCUUCUGCCUCUUCUACAGGUGAUGGGAGUAAAGAAAUGGAUAACAGUGCUAGUGAAACAACAGAGAAGACUCGUGAAGAUAGCGAAUCACCUAGACCUAUGCAAGUUGAUGUGCAAGAAGAGCAAGAAGAUGAAGAAGAAACUUCUCAGGAUCAAAAAAGUGAUAGUGAAAAAGAAAUAUGUGAAGGCGGAUAUGGGAUUGCUGGAUUGCCAACUGGAUCUGAAAAUCUUACUCCACAUGAACGUCAUAUAUUAAGGCAGCACGAAGUAUUUUUAUCACGACAAGCUGAAGCAUUGCCUGCUACACAUAUUAGAGGGAAGUGUUCUGUCACACUUUUGAGUGAAGUUGAGUCGCCUGAAAGUUAUAUGGAUCGUGAAGACGCUUUUUUUUACUCACUUGUUUAUGAUCCAGUAGCGAUGACUUUACUCGCUGACAAAGGAGAGAUUAGAGUUGGUGAUAAAUAUCAGUGCUUUGUGCCUGAUGACGGAGUUCCAAUAGUAAAAGAAGAAAACAAAGAGAAUAGCACGGAAGAAUCUGCUGAUGGAGCCACUUUUCAACGAGAUUUAUCACCUACAGAUCGUGAAGUACUUGUCUAUCAUCCAUAUCAUUCUUUAACAGAUAGAGAUAUUGAUCAGUUUCUCAUCGUUGCAAGAGCGGUAGGUACUUUUUCGCGGGCCCUUGACACUUCUUCAUCUGUUAAACUUCCUUCACUUCAUAUGACAGCUGCGGCAGCUAGUCGCGACGUUACUCUUCUUCAUGCUAUGGCUUUACUUCACCAAGCUAAUUAUGAUCUCGGGCAGGCGGUUAAGUACCUUGUUCCACCUCCUAGUAAGCAACAUUAUCCUCUGGAUGCCGACAAAACGACAACCCAUCAUACUGUCAGUCUUGGUGGUCCAAUUUUAUACCAAUUUAGUGAUCAAAUAGAAGAGUGGUCCGCUGCUGAAGCAAAUUUAUUUGAAGAAGCCAUUGAUAAAUAUGGCAAAGAUUUCAAUGAUAUUCGAGCCGAUUAUCUUCCGUGGAAAUCUUUGCGAGAUAUUAUUGAAUAUUAUUAUAUGUGGAAAACAACAAAUCGCUAUGUAGAAGUGAAGAAAAAUAAAGCGCUUGAUCAAGAAAGCAAACUCAAGCAGGUCUAUAUACCUAAUUAUAAUAAGCCUAACCCAAAUCUUGUGGGCCCACCAAACCCUAGCGGACAGCCACUGAAAGGAAUAUCCAGUUGUGAGAGUUGUCAGACUGAAGUCUCGGCUCAGUGGUACGCUUGGGGACCUGCACAACUUCAGCUGCGGUUAUGCAGUGAAUGUUGGAUCCACUGGAAAAAAUAUGGUGGAUUGAGAAAAGCUCAUGAUUAUGAAUCAUACGACCUUGACGGUUCUUCUACUCAGGAAAAUUCGAAUUCAUCGCUCAAUUCGAAUCACUCAGUGAAAAGUGUUGCCUUGAACUUCCAAGCACCACCAAUCGUAGCGAAAUCAGUAACAACCAGUGUUGCUACACAGCAAAGCCGAAAUGGUGGAAUAGCCUUAAGACCAUCUGGUGGUCAGAUCGUCGCUCGUUUACCAGCUUCAGCACAACUUGCUAUGGGAGUUCAACCCAAAACUGCAAUUGCUGCAGUACCAGCAAAAACAAGAGUUGCUUUUUUUCUUAAUACUACUCUUUCAACAAGGAUUGCUCGUCGUUUGGCUCCGAAGACUCUCUUAAACGUUCGUCGUUCUGCUCGACGUCCAUUUUUGGCAAUCAAUGGGCAAGCCAUCAAGCAAUAUUGUACCACUCGUCAACCAAUAGAAAUAAUACGGGCUGCGAAACAAAUUAAAUCGAAAAGAAUACCAGAUGCGUUCCUCGCUCAAUUAGCUGCUUCUAUAAUUUCUUCUGCAUCCCAUUUCGGAUCUUCCAAUGCAAUGAAGCGUCCAAAUAUUAGUGCAGAUAAAACAAACGGGAAAAAAACGUGUCUUGGAAUUCAACCAAAAGCUAUGGCGACAUCGCAGCAACAACAACAACAAAACUUGCCAGCUAAUGUUCCGAUCGCUCUAGCACAACAGACAAGUGCACCAAGUGUUAUCAAAGCUUCACCAAGCAAGGCUUCAGGAUCUGCACUUCGUAGUUUAGAAGUAAAACCUGUCGCAACUGUACCACCUCUUCCUUUGCCACCGAAUAUUACGAAUCCACUUGCUGCUAUCAAUUCCAUUCACUCUCCUUUAUUAGGGCAGCCUACAGCAGCACCAUCUGCAUCGGGAUCGCGAAAUGUUCCUGUUGUUGGCAUUGAUCGAAAAUCCAUGUCCUUAACUAAGAAAACACAUGGCGAUAGUAGAUGGAGUGGUGUUGACGAAAGGCUCCUGUUUCUGGCUGGACCGAGACUAAAGGAUCAACGACAACGUGUUUGCACAAAACGGAUAAUUCGACAUCUAGCUUUGCAUCCAUGCAGUGGUAAUGAAUUUGUUAAACAACAAUGGCCUCUAAUUCAACAAUUCUUUUUAUAA